CACAUCAAGGAAGAACCUCUCUCUGGUUUCAGCUUUCAAGGUUUUCAGGAUCAUGGCCUAUAAAAUUCUUCAAGUAGCCCUGUGCUCAACCUUGCUCAUAGAAGUUUUAGGAGCACCAUUUUUGUUGGAAGACCCUGCAAACCAGUUCCUUCGUCUCAAAAGACAUGCAUAUUCGCAAGAUGGCUGGGAUCCAGAUCACAGUCCUAAUGGAUGGAGACUCACACUGGCUGACCAGGCUCAGGAAAUAUGGGCUUCUUUGAAAACAAUUGUACAUUAUUAUUUGGACAUGAAUACCUUCACUUUUGAUAUAUCCAGUACCCAGUAAAUAUACUUUGCUAGACAAAGCC